AUGGGAAUAAACAAUCCAAUACCACUAAGUUUAACAAGUGAAGUUAAAAAGGCUUCUAAAAUUCUUACAAAUUUUAUUAAGCCUAAUCAGUUAUUUGGGGCUGAUCAAGUCAUCCCACCAGGUGUUUUAAAGAGAGCUAAAGGUUUGGCAGUUAUUACUGUCUUCAAGGCAGGGUUUCUGUUUUCAGGUAGAGCAGGCUCUGGUAUAAUCGUAGCAAGAUUAAGAGAUGGAACAUGGUCAGCACCUUCCGCCAUUGCCAUGGCAGGUGCUGGUGCCGGGGGUAUGGUUGGAUUUGAGUUAACGGAUUUUGUUUUCAUCUUGAAUACAGAAGAAGCUGUAAGAUCGUUUUCUGAGUUUGGUACGAUAACUCUGGGUGGUAACGUUUCUGUAUCUGCUGGACCAUUAGGUAGAAGUGCUGAAGCUGCUGCUGCUGCGAGUGCUGGUGGUGUGGCAGCUGUUUUUACAUACUCUAAAAGUAAAGGUUUAUUUGCAGGUGUAUCAGUUGAGGGAUCUGUGAUUGUUGAACGUCGAGAGGCGAAUAGAAAAUUUUAUGGAAACAACUGUAAAUCUAAAAUGAUUCUAUCUGGACGUGUACGGGCGCCUAGCUCAGUUGAUCCUCUGUUCCGUGUUCUAGAAUCUAGGGCUUUCAGUUACAAUAAUAGUUAUAAUUAUAACGACAACUACGAUAGCGAUGGAUAUUAUAAUGAUCUCCCAGAUUCCAGAUAUAGUUCAGACGAAGAUUACUACAAAUCUAGUACAAGCCAUUCCAGAAGAAAUAGAGGUGACUCUUUCAGUGAUUUAGAUGAUACCGAAGAAUACAGAAGCUAUGCGAAUGAUUAUAAUGGAAGAGAAAGAAACUUUAGAGGAAGAGAUAGGGAUUAUUAUGAUAACUAUUCGAAUAAUAAUUCGGUUAGUAAUCGUGGUGUUAAUGAUGUAGCAAAUAGAUUCUCUAAUGUUAGACUCUCAUCUUCAAGAAAAAACACUGAUGAUUCUUAUGUUUCAUCUCCUAUACCGCAGGGCCCAAAAGCUAUAGCAUUGUUCAGAUUCAAAGGUGAACAAGCAGGUGAUUUGUCGUUUAAUAAAGGAGAUGUAGUCACUAUUCUGAAGAAAACUGAUACGCAAAAUGACUGGUGGACUGGAAGAGUCAAUAAUCAAGAAGGUAUCUUCCCUGCUAACUACGUUGAACUAGUGUAG